GAUUCAUCAGUAGUGUGGGUAAAGGAACAUUUCGUCACUGUAUCAAGAAUAUCAACGGACUAAGGUGGAAGACUGGAAAAAGGCAACAUAUCUCAAUAGUCCAAAUAAUUAGAAGGGCAGCAUAUGUUACUUUGUACUUGACAGUUCUGAUGAUUAAGAGAGUAUUUAAAAGACUUCAAGAGUACAUUAAAGUCUCCAUGUCAGUCAUCAAAGAGGCUCAGCAGCUGCCUGGUCCAGGGGACAAAAGAGGUGCAGAUGGAACCAAGAAGGAAGGGAGCGAUUUCCGUGAAGAGAGGAAGAGAAAAGUAGCUCUAGUGAUUGCCUACAGCGGCAAGGGAUAUUUUGGCCUUCAAAUGAACUCAGGAUUCAAGACAAUAGAGGGCGAGGUGUUGAGAGCUCUGUUGGAUGUUGGAGUCAUACCGCAGGAUCACUAUGACAGCGUUUGGAAGAUGUCCUUUCAGCGGGCUGCAAGGACAGACAAGGGGGUAUCAGCAGCUGGGAAUGUUCUGUCUUUAAAGAUAGGUGUAAACAUGCCUGACCUUUUGGACAGGAUCAACGAGAAACUGCCAGAGGAGAUACGUGCUAUGGAUAUUAUCCGUACAACGAAAGGCUUUAACAGUAAGAACCAUUGUACAGGACGGACAUACAACUACCUUCUGCCCACCCUGGCGUUCUCUCCCGUAGAAGAGAAUGCGACCUUUGCGUACCGUACCAACCUUGAAACCAUAGAGAAGGUUAACGAGAUUCUGGAGAAGUACAAGGGCACUCACAACUUCCACAAUUUCACAUCAGGAGUUAAGCCACAUGAGGCCACAGCAUACAGACAUAUGUGGAAUGUUGAGUGUGGCCUGCCAUUUGUACGAGACGGUGUGGAGUUUUGCGUCCUCUCAGUCAGCGGACAGAGCUUCAUGAUGCACCAGAUCAGGAAGAUGGUCGGUCUCAUGAUAGCGAUCAUCCGAGGCUUUGCAGGUGAGAAUGCCGUAGAGAGGGCUUGGGAGAGUGAAAAGAUGGACAUUCCAAAGGCACCAGGACUUGGUCUGUUUCUGGAUAGGCUCCACUACAGUCAGUACAACACCAAGUUUGCCAAUGACGGCAGUCAUCCCAAGAUAGAAUUCUCUAAAAUCAAGGAUAAGCUGCAGGCAUUUAAGGAAGAAAAGAUUUUCACAGAAAUUAUAAAGACAGAAGUAGAAGAAAAUAGUAUGAUACAGUGGCUGGGCACAUUACACCUGCACACAUGCGAGGAUGUGGGCCCAGACAUCAUUGGGCGCAGGGAUUUUAAGGAGAGGGUUGAGGAACAUAGGGAGCAAGCAGAAGCUGAAGCAAAUGAUUCUGACAAUGAACACACUGAAACAAAGAAUACGAAAGAAAGUUCUGAGACAGUUUCUGAGUCACAAGUUGUCAAGGAAACCACAGAAGGUACUGCAACUGGCCACAGCAAGGCCAAUGAUUGUACAAGUGAUCAGGGACAGGUGCGCACAAACAGUGCGACAGUCAAUCAGAGUAGUGAUUGUGAAGGUCAUGUGAUAGAUACAACCAAUCAGAAUACUGAUUGUGAAGAUCAUGUGACCAGUGUUAAGGAUAAAUGUGAGGCAAUUGAUGACACUUCUAAGGAAGAUAAAGAUGGUUUAAAGGAGAUUGUUAAGUCUGUCUCAUCUUAGCAAUGUACCAACUUUCAAUGUUUUGUUAAAAUAUUGGCUUUUGCAUUCAAAGUUCAAUUUAGUCUUACAUCAUUAUACUAACUGACAACAUGUCUUAAUAAUGAAUAAAAGUGCCAUGAAA